UCCCAAACGCUGACGUGUUUGUAGAGAUUAUGUGUUGUGCUUGUUGCCCACGGUUACUGUGCAGUUAUUCGCCUCCACAUAAAUAAAGUGUGCAUUCGUUAACGGCUGACGCAUCAGUGGUGUUGGGUCCAGACGGAGCACUGUUGGGCUUCUUCCGUGGGUCUGGCUUUUAACGUGACUCUGCACAUUUGCGUAUUCGAUGACUGAGGCGUGAGCGCCUGCAGCUGAGCUGCUCCUGCGUCGCUGACCUCUGAUCCCUGCACUCACACACUCAGGCAGCUGCUUCGCUGACACGGCGGCUUCUCCGGUUCUCUGAACCCCAGGAAGCCAAGAGUUAACCUGCUCUGGGAAGAAGGAAGCACUGAUUGGAUUAAGGGGGAGAUUUCUGAGCCUUCACGCUUCUGCUACACAUUAAAAUGCGCUGCUUCACACUCGUCAGACUGAUGACGGUCUCAUUCAACUUGCUUAUCUCUCUGUCCGGGCUCCGCCUGCUGGCCGUGGGCGUGUGGUCCAGCCUGGACGGGAGCGUCUUCCUGCAAACGCUGGCUCCGUUCUGCACGCACGCCGUCAACGUGGGCGCGCUGAGCGCCGCCGCCAGGGCGCUGCUGCUGCUGCUGGGGCUCCUGGGCGGCUGCGGGGCCCACAGGGAGAGCAAGUGCCUGCUGCUGAUGUUCUUCUCCAUCAUCCUCGUCAUUUUCAUGGCUGAAGUGACAGCAGGGGUCCUGGUUCUGGUCUAUUCUUCUGGUGCGGCGCUGAUCCUCAGGGCCUGGGCCACUCCAGUGUUACACAACCAAUACGGCAGAGACCCUGUGGCCACCAGCAUCUGGAACGCCACCAUGACAGAGCUGAGGUGCUGCGGGUUCAACAACUACACAGACUUUGUUGGCUCCAUGUUUGAGGAGGAGACUGGAGGCCGCCUCCCGCUCAGCUGCUGCUGGAGCCACAGCACGGCCUGCAGUCGGGACGCGGCGCGGAGCAGCGGCGUUCAGGGCUGUGCUAAAGGCAUCCUGACCACGCUCAGAGCUCACGCCAACAUCGUGGGAAGCAUCGCAGCAGGAGCAGGAAUCCUACAGGUUGCUUUGAUGAGCAUGUGCAUGUACCUGUACUUCCACCUGGACCACGACGACGCACUGAGAGGAACGGGUUGAUGCCUCAGCUGCUUUCAAAGCAACAUCACCAUCAACACUGGGCGUCACUGGAACCGUCUUCUAAAUCUCACCUGUUUGUAACGCGAACACGAGUCCAUCUCUCAGGUUCUGCUUUCUGGGCCCUGAGCUUCAUCUUUAACUGCAGUGUAUGAUCCUUAAACAGGCUUUGAGGUCGAGUCACGGAGACCAUUUGUUUCAACACGUAAUUAAUUGUAGGAGUUUCUGUGGACGCU